AUGAACGACACCAAGCUGCCAUAUGAGCAUGAGCACGAGCUCGCUCCGCGGACUGAAGCACAAUCUCAGGACGACGUCUUCCGCUCAAAUGAUGUCGACAAGAUCAACAUGGCACGUAUGGGCAAGACGCAAGAGAUGAAGCGAGUGUUCAAUCAAGUUUCUCUCGUCAGCUUCACGGCCAUCAUAAUGGGGACGUGGCAGUGGAUUAUCAUGGCCAACAGUCAAGGCCUCACAAACGGAGGACGCGCUGGUCUCUUCUGGUCGUAUAUCUGGACGUUCAUCGGCUAUGUGCUCCUGGCAGCGUCUUUGGCAGACAUGGCAGCUAUGGCACCUACCGCGGGCGGCCAGUACCACUGGGUCAGCGAAUUUGCUCCGCCUAAGAUUCAGAAGACACUCUCGUACGCCGCGGGUUGGCUGGCAGCACUUUCCUGGCAAGCUGGCAACGCGUCUGGCCUAUAUCUCUGUGCUACACUCAUCCAGUCUCUCAUCGGCAUCAGGGAUCCAAGCUACGGUUUCGCUGCAUGGCAAGGCUGGCUGCUGACCAUCGCCAUGACUGCCUUCUGUGCUGUGUUCAAUAUCUUCGCGGAGCCGAUACUGCCACUCAUGCAGACCACAUUCAUGCCAGUCUACAUCGCCACAUUCGUCGCCACGAUCGCUAUCUUCUGGGCGCUAUGCCCUCAUGUCGAUGCUCAUGCUGCCUUGCUUGAGAUCACGAAUGAAGGAGGCUGGAGCACAACUGGCUUGGCACUGAUGGUUGGACAAAUCAGUGCCAUCUUCGCACUCGGCGGCUCAGAUGCUGCCGCACACAUGUCAGAGGAGUGCCGUGAUUCGGGUCUGACAGUACCACGAGCCAUGAUCUGGUCGAUCCUCAUCAAUGCAAGCAUGGGUUUCGUCGCUGUCGUCUCAUUCAUCUUCGCAUGCCCGAGCGUGGACGAUGCAGUCAACGAUCCUUCUGGCUUUCCAAUGGUGUAUGUGCUGAACCUGGCUGGCAGACCAAGUCUCACGAUAGUGAUCGUGUUCCUGAACUUGCUGAUCUUGAUGAUUGGCAACGUGGCCUACCAGGCAUCGACAGCACGACAGACCUUCGCUUUUGCCCGAGAUGGAGGCAUGCCGUUCUCUGGCUGGAUCAGCCGCGUCAAUCAAAAGUACCACGUCCCAGUCAACGCUGUCCUUCUAACGGCAGCAUUCACGAUUAUCCUUUGUGUGAUCAAUCUUGGCAGCUCGGAUGCCUUCAACGCGAUCUUGUCGCUGGCCGCAGUGGCUCAAAUGGCAACUUAUAGCAUCAGCAUCAGCUGUGUGCUCUAUCGGCGAGUGACAGCGCCUCACCUGCUACCGAAAGCUCAGUGGGGUCUUGGUCGCUGGGGUGUGCCAGUAAAUGCUGCUGGAGCGAUAUACGCAUGGUUUGCAUUCUUCUGGGCAUUCUGGCCUUCGUCGACUCCCGUUGCAGCAGACUCGAUGAACUAUGCUAUCGUCAUGUUCGGAGCAGUGGUCAUCCUGGCACUUGUGUUCUUCCUUGUGAAGGCACGAAAGACGUAUGCUGGUCCGGUCACAAUUACUCGAGCAUACCUCGACGGCAAGCACUCGUAG